CAUUGCUUCAAAAUCUCCUUCCUCAUGGCCCAACAAUGAUUUCCCCACUUAGUAACCUGAAAUUCAGCAUUAUUACCUCUUUAUCCAAGCCAUGAGACUCCUACAUUCUCAAAUCUUUCGUUCAUUCUCUUCCAAAUCACUCACUACCUCUAAGGAAAUCUCAAUAUCCAAUGAAGUCAUCAACAUUAUCCAAAAAGUGGAUCCACUUGAACCAGCACUAGAUAAACUAGUUCAUUUCUUAUGUCCCAAUACUAUAUCUUCAAUUCUUGAACUACAACAACAAAAGAACCCUGAAUUGGGUUUUCGUUUUUUCAUUUGGGCUGCAAAAAGAAGGAGAUUUCGUAGUUGGGUUUCUCAAAAUUUAAUCAUUGAUAUGCUUUUAAAAGAUGGUGGUUUUGAUUUAUAUUGGAAUGUGUUCGAUAAACUUAAUAUUGAUGGAAUACCCAUUUCUUCUGAUGCUUUUGCAGCAUUGAUUUGGGGUUAUUGGAAGGUAAAUAAAGCAGAAAAAGCUGUUGAAGCAUUUGGUAAAAUGAAAGAUUUUGAUUGUAAACCUAAUUUAUUUACUUACAAUAUGAUACUUCAUAUUACGGUUCGAAAAGACUCGAUUUUGUUAGCUUUAGCUGUGUAUAAUGUGAUGUUGAAGGUGAAUUCGAUGCCUAAUUGUUCGACUUUUAGUAUUUUGAUUGAUGGGCUGUGUAAGAGUGGAAGAACUCAUGAUGCACUUAAACUGUUUGAUGAAAUGUGUGAAAGAGGUGUAUUGCCUAGUAAGAUUACGUAUACGGUUAUUUUAUCGGGGUUAUGUCAGGCUAAGAGAACUGAUGAUGCUCAUAGGUUGCUUAAUGUGAUGAAGAGUAGAGGAUGUUUGCCGGAUUUCGUUACUUAUAAUGCUUUGCUUAAUGGAUUUUGUAAAUUAGGGAGGAUUGAUGAAGCACAAGCACUUCUUAGGUCUUUUGAAAAUGAAGGUUAUUUAGUGGAUAUAAAGGGAUAUACGUGUCUGAUUGAUGGUUUUGUUAGAACUAAGAGAAUUGAUGAAGCACAAUCUGUUUUUAAGAAAUUGUUCGAGAAUAAUACCGUUCCUGAUGUUGUGUUGUACACGACUAUGAUUCGGGGUUUAUCUGGAGAAGGUAGGGUGAAAGAGGCAUUGAGUUUGUUAAGAGAUAUGACAGGGAGAGGUGUGCAACCGGAUACUCAGUGUUAUAAUACUCUAAUAAAGGGAUUUUGUGAUAUGGGACUCUUAGACCAAGCUCGGUCACUUCAGCUAGAAAUAUCAGAAAAUGAUUGUUUUCCGGACACGUGUACUUACUCUAUUCUUAUUUGUGGUAUGUGCAGAAAUGGCCUCGUGGAGGAGGCUAGGCAUAUUUUCAAUGAGAUGGAGAAGCUAGGAUGCUUUCCUUCCGUUGUAACUUUCAAUACUCUCAUUGAUGGACUUUGUAAGGCUGGUGAGCUUGAGGAGGCUCACCUAAUGUUUUACAAAAUGGAGAUAGGUAAAAACCCUUCAUUGUUUCUUCGUCUGUCUCAAGGUGCUGAUCGAGUCCUUGACAGUGCAAGCCUGCAAAAAAUGGUUGAGAAAUUGUGUGAAUCAGGUAAGAUUCUUAAAGCUUACAAGCUUCUUAUGCAGUUGGCUGAUUGUGGAGUUGUACCAAAUAUAGUUACAUAUAAUAUUUUGAUCAAUGGACUAUGCAAAUCGGGAAAAAUCAAUGGUGCUUUUAAGCUUUUUGAAGAGCUUCAAGUCAAGGGGCAUUUCCCCGAUUCAAUUACUUAUGGGACACUUAUAGACGGUCUCCAAAGGGUUGACCGGGAAGAGGAAGCUUUUAAACUCCUUGACCAAAUGAGCAAGAAUGGGUGCAUGCCGAAGGCAGAGGUCUACAAAUCCCUUAUGACUUGGUCCUGCAGGAGGGGACAAAUCUCUAUUGCAUUUAGCCUUUGGUUGAAGUAUUUGAGAAACCAAGCUGUUCGAGAUGGCAAAGUAUUAGGGUUAAUUGAGAAACACCUAGAGAAAGGUGAUCUGGAAAACGUAGUUCGAGGAUUACUUGAGAUGGACCUAAAACUGGAAGAUUUUGAUUCAUCACCUUACAACAUUUGGUUGAUUGGGAUGUGUCAGGCACGCAAGCCAGGUGAGGCUUUGAAGAUUUUUUCCUUACUUGAGGAGUUUCAUGUCAUGAUUUCAGCACCAAGUUGUGUAAUGUUGAUUCACAGUCUUUGCGAGGAAGGAAACUUGGAUCAGGCGAUCGAGGUUUUCCUAUAUACUGUGGAGAGGGGUGUCCGCUUGAUGCCACGAAUUUGCAACAAAUUGCUUCAGUCCCUUCUCCAUUCUCAAGAUAAAGCACAGCAUGCUGUUGAUCUUUUGGAAAGAAUGAGGUCUGUGGGCUACAACUUAAAUGACUAUCUUCAUAGUGGUACAAGAUCUCUUUUUCAGCGAUGGAACAGGAGGGAAACAGAGAAUCUAUCACCUGGAUAAGGUUGCUUCUCAGUUUUAUGGUGCACUGAUCUUGGCUUUUCCUUCCCGAACUUUCUCAGAAUGUUGUAAAGUUUGCAGGUGCUCCACCUUUUACCUUCACCCAGUUUUAUCCCUUGUAACCUGGAGUAGAGAGUUAGCAUACAGAGUUUGCCGAAGCUGCUCUAACCAGCACCCUAGGGAGGAAGAACCGGAGGUUCAUGGUUUUGGAUAAAUAUCUUCGUGCAAUCUCUGGAUUUAAGGGAACUGAAGAUCUUUCGAGUGAUAUAUCACUUGAUAGCUCCUUUACAUCUGACUUUGUCAAAUUAAAAACAAUCUCGUCGGCUUCAUCUUAUGGGCCACAUGAUUGUGCAGUAGCUAGUGAUGGAGCUGAAAAGCUGUCAGGAAGUGAGCAAUGGCUGGAAACGAUAGUUAGGCAUUUGCCUCUUAUCCUUCAGCCUUCUUCUCCAAUGCUGAAUUCAUUCAGCAAUCCUCGUUGGCAUUGGCAGAGAUGUUUUGGAGGUAGGUGGUGCUUAGUGGGCGUAGCUGAUGUACUUUCAGUCACAAGCUUUAUUUCACAUCAAUGACGAGUUAAUACUUUUGGUCAUGACAUUGGUCAGCUUGAACAAAAGACUCGUCGGUGCUGUCAAAGGUUCACGUUUAAGCCCUGAAGCUAGGUGCAAAACAAGUUGAUGAGUUCUCGUCACUUAGGCAGUGCUCCAAUGCAGGCACCAAGACACCAAGUUUGUGCAAUUGAUGGAUUUAUUACUCGGUUGAAGCCUCCAACUGAUAACAAAUCACUUAGCAAUUGAUCUCCACUUCAGAACCUUGUUGAAUAAUGCAGCAGAGGUAGAUGCACCACUUUGCUUUCGGUGUUCUGUCAAACAAUUCAACAUACAAUAACACCAUGUCAUACAGUGCAAACUAAGGGGGGUUAUCACUUAAUAGGUAGCCAUGGCGCUUCAGUGAAGUGUGUGUGUGAAAGUGAUUCGAACGUUAGGUGGCCGGGUCUCUGAAUCUCAACUUAGAGGAGUUGGAUUGAUAUCAGCGUUAUUGUAUAUCGGAUGUUGGAAUUAGUUAUUUUAAUGCAGAUGGUUAUCAUAGUAAAUUCAUGUAUAUGUUUAGUAUUUUUUUAAUUUUUUAUUUGUGCGUUGUGCGUCACCUCUCUCCUUUCCCUUCAAUUUUCAAGGACCUUGUUUA